AAAUUUUAAAUACAAUAGUUGAUUAGGUAAUUUACAUUAAUGGUACUCUAAAAAAUAUAUAAAUAUUAAUAAGACUUAAAUCAAAAAUAAUUUAUGUGUCCUACCCUAAAAAUUAUUUGAUUACCACAAUAAAUUCAGGCAUUUUAAUUUGAAAUGUUCCUAUCUUCUAUUAGUGUUAAAACUUGUGGAAGUAAAGCAGCACUCUUGACAUUGCAUUACAAUAAUUUUAGACAAUUUUUCUGAACUAAUGCAGUAUGUAACACACAAAUUUGGGGAUAUUACGUUUAAGUUCGAGGCAGGUGACCGAUAUUCCCAUGCGGAGGACACACCCUCUACUGGCAACUUUAACCGCUAGUGCUUCCCACGGUGAUGCGCAGUCUCGCUCUCUGCAAGGGCAUCGGAACAGCCUAUCUGGUUGACGUGAGGGUAAAGAGCUGCUUUCAGUGACGGGGAAAGUAAAUGGGAUGAAAUGUCAAGUCAGUAGGCCAGCAGGUCGAACAUUCAAAGCUUCUUAACUGCAGCAGGUGGACGGAGGAAGAGCUCGAGGAGAAGGAGGAGGCAUCCUGGACUCCGCGCGGAGUGUAGAAGGACCUUAGUGGUCUUAUCAUUUACCUGUGCAUCAUUUGCCACCUUUGUUUUGUUCGUUUUCACGCUGUUUUCAUAAUGGACAAGUGGACCGUGUAAAGAGAGCGUCACCAAACGGGGAAAUGCUGUUCCGUACGCACAGACCAAGUGCGCAAAUGUCUGCUAUGAGAAUGGAUAGAGACCGAAAGAGUUGGCACUCCUGGGAGAGGUCGAGUACGGACAGAAGGAGUGCUGUUAGGGCGAUGAUAAGGGAUGUAGCGCGCGGACAGCACUGGACCGUGAUUUUCCUGCUCUCACUCGCGCUGCAGCCGCAGGUUGUGUGUGCGGUGGGCAUGUUUGAGGUGGAGAUUCGACAGUGGCUGAACCCUCAGGGCUUUCUACAGAGUGGUCAGUGCUGUGAUCCCCAGGUCAGUGGGGGGCAGCGCUGCUCAUCAGGUGAUCAGUGCGAUACCUUCUUCAAGGCCUGUCUGAAGGAGUACCAGGCUCGGGUUUCACCAACCGGCACCUGUACAUACGGCACUGGCAGCACACCUGUCCUGGGUGGCAACUCCCACACCUUACAUCACCAUGGAAAUGAGGGAAGCGACAGCAGAAGUGGACGAAUUGUUAUCCCAUUUAAAUAUGCAUGGCCAAAAUCGUUUUCUCUGGUGAUCGAGGCUCUGGAUCAUGACAAUGAAACAUCAGAGGCAGGUCGGGAGGAAUUAAUAGAGCGAGUGCUGCUUUCCUCGAUGCUGAACCCAGGUGAGCAGUGGCAGGUGUUCCGCAAUCACGGUCGCACGUUCACUCUGGAAUACCGCCUGCGAUUCCGCUGUGAUACCAAUUACUACGGCCCACUCUGCAACAAACUCUGUCGGGCACGAGAUGACUUUUUUGGCCAUUUUGACUGUGAUCCUUCCGGAAUUAAGGUGUGUAAGGAGGGCUGGACUGGACCAGAGUGCAGACAGGCGGUGUGUAAGCAGGGAUGUCACAUGGAGCACGGUUCCUGCGAUCUGCCCGGAGAUUGCAAGUGUCAUUAUGGCUGGAAGGGUGAUCUGUGCGAUGAGUGCGAGACGUUUCCUGGGUGUGAUCAUGGCACUUGCACCGAACCCUGGAAGUGUGUGUGUGACACAAAUUGGGGUGGCCUGCUCUGUGACAAAGAUCUGAAUUAUUGUGGAAACCAUCAGCCAUGCAAGAACGGUGGUACUUGUACCAACACCGAACCGAACGAGUACCUGUGUGUGUGUCAGGAGGGUUUCCGUGGCCGCAACUGUGACAUCGUGGAGCACGCCUGUCUGUCCUCUCCAUGUGAGAAUGGUGGAACGUGUAUUGAAGACCCAACCGGCUUCAGCUGUGUGUGUGCGUCGGGCUGGAUGGGACCCUCCUGUGCCACCGCCGUGUUGCAGUGCGACUCCAGUCCUUGUGGUCGUGGAGCCACAUGUCAAGAGACGGAUCAAGGUUUCCAGUGUCUGUGUCCUCCGUUCUGGACCGGCAGAACCUGCCAGCUCGACACUAAUGAAUGUGAGACUGGCGUGUGUGUCAAUGCCCGCUCCUGCCGUAAUCUGAUUGGAGGAUAUUUGUGUGACUGCCUUUCCGGUUGGUCAGGAGCAAACUGUGACAUCCGGAACAGUAGCUGCCAGGGCUUGUGUCUGAAUGGAGGACACUGUAAGGACUCUCAGUGUGUGUGUUUGCCAGGAUUCUCUGGUAAACUGUGCCAGACCGCAGUAAACGCCUGUGACAGCAAUCCUUGUGUAAACGGAGGGCAGUGUGUAGAGCAUCAGGAUGGCAGAGGCAUGUUGUGCAGCUGCCCGCUGGGAUACACUGGCACCCACUGUGAGGCAGAACUGGAUCUUUGUAAUCCCAACCCCUGCCCGAAGGGGGUGCCAUGCCACAGUGCAGAAGGAAGCUACAAGUGCGCCUGUCCUGACGGUUACUUUGGAAAUGAGUGUCUGAGCCUGAAGGAUUCAUGUCAUGAACCCCACUGCCAAGGAGCAGUGUCAGACCCCGGUGUGAGCGGCUUCAGUCUUUAUAUGGUGUUGGUGGGUGUAUUUGCCCUGCUUGUUGCAGGCAGCUGCUCCGUGUGCGCACUACUGCUGUCCCGCCUGCACCACCGCCAUCGGACCAAAGUGCAGCUACGUACUUCAGCGCCCGAGGACAACGCCAUUAACAACCAGCGGCAAUUCUGCACUCUCAUCCGUAACCUUGACCACAGCGUGGCCGUACUGCCUCCUGCCCAAACAGUGCCCACGUCAGCGCUCUGCAGCGAAGAGAUUGAGCUCACUCUUCCUCCCUCACCUGCACCUUCUCCAGCUCUGAAACCAGCCCACGUGCCCAAGCUGGACAUCUGCAAUCGUGAAAGGGAGAAGCUAAACCGCUUCCACUAUGCGGAAAACCAGGAACUGGAGGUGUGACUGCACUUUGACCACUGGGGGGAACAUGACUUCUUGGUUUGGAGAGCAACCUCUGCUGAUGAACUUUGACCUCAGAGCUUUGCGCUAUAGAGAUCUGAGAGGGUUCGAAUUGAGAAGGAAAUUACUGGCACACUCAGCUGAAGAAACAAAUAUUGACAGACAGGGUCCAACAUUUUAAUUUGCUGACCUGCCAAUGAUGGUUGAAUUAAGAAAAUUUAAUUUAAAUUUAAAUAUUUCUUAUCAGUCAUGAAAAUAACGAAAUAUUAUUAAUAUAUUUUUUUCAAUGAUAAUUGAAUUAUUUAAUUUUCGUAUGAGAUCAGAUUGUGAAACUGCGCUGUUACAAAAACGAGGAAUAUUAUAUCACAUACACUGACACCAUAUAAAGUUCUGGACAUUCUCAAACAUUCUAUUCUCAGACAUGCGAGCCGUGAUUGGUUUUUAUUUAUUAGACGGUUUGAUUGGAAUUGUUCACAUCAUUUACAUCAGCAAAAAUCAUUCUUAGUGCUGUCAAAUCGAUUAAUCGCAUCUAACAUAAAAGUUUGUUUACAUAAUAUAUGUGACCCGUUCUGGCAAUAUGAGUCGCAAUGAACAAAUUUUCAAAAAUGAGUUAUUGUUAUUCGCACAUUCUCUAUUAAAAACCAUUCAAAAUGAUGUAUGACUUGUUGGAAUCUGA